AUGAAGCUCGUAUCUCUCAUGAAAAGUAACAACGGAUUCAUGAAUUCAAGAAGCCGGAAGCCUCUGAGUUUAAGACGGAAGGUGUCUAGAAAUGUUGCUGGAUUGUCACCAGCCGUUCAUGAAACCGAAUCUAAACAAGAUAUUCUAAAGAAAUUUGAAGAUGAUGAUAUGGAGGAUGAUAUUUUUGGAGUCCAGAUGACAUCUGUUGAUGAUAUGGUAGAUGACUUUAAAACAAUACAGAUACCUGAAACUGAACUAAGUACGCUCAAGCUGCCAUUCAAAAAAUCAAUAAAAUUUCAAGAUCAAAUCGAUCAUCAUCUCAACUUAAAACCUAAUCACAGGUCGAGCUUGAAGAAGGCGGAAGGACUGCAAAUAUAUAUAUCGCCUACGGACACUAUAUCGACAUCGUCCCCCAAGUCCUCUUCUGUUUCAAGACAGUUUAAUCAUCGCAAAACGCUCAGCGAUUACAGUGAGAACGACACAGAUGCAACCUCAGAAGUUGUCGAGGAGGAUUUUGAAGAUAUUGAUAUGAUCUUUGGAAAAGAGGAAAGUGGAUUAUAUAAAAAGAUGAAUGAGCGUCUAACAAACAAAAAAAGGGACUUGGAAUAUGGUGCGGAACUUGAAGAAAUAGAAUUGAAAAGAAAGUGGGAGAAUUCACAUCACCAAAAGGAUGAAACAGGUACAUUGAAGCUUAAAGAUUUUAAAAAUUAUAACCAGCGUGAGAAAGAUAUUGAAUUGCUAGGGCAGCUUAAUAGAGAGAAUACUAUAGAUUACGACUAUGUCAAAGAUGAUUAUGAAAACUUUGAGGAAGGCUUUGAGGAUUUCGAUUCUAAUAGAUUCAAAGUUGCGAAGCACUUUGAAGCUCCGAGGUCAUUAAAUAUGAAGAAUUCAAUGCCUAAUUUUGUAUCACUGAGAUCCAGCCAAGGAGAAAAGGCUCAAGGAUCUGAACAGCUUAAAAAAUUUAAGUCUGUCAUUGAAUUGAACAGUGGAGAUAAAGCAAAUAGUGGUGCACAUCCUGUUUUCAAUGAUAACAAUAAGAUUAUACGAAAACUUGACAGAAUACCAUCAUUUUAUAGCAAAGAGAUCAAGGAUAAAAAGGAGAGGCUUCUAAGCAAAUAUAGGGAACAAGCCUACGCAAAGAAAGAACAGGAAACAAACACUUUGAGACGUUAUCUGCAGCCAAAGCGCAAAAAGAAGGUAGGACUUAUUCAAAACUUAAAUUAUCAUCCCAUCGAAUACAAGAAUAUUAAAAUGAAGUAUAACCCAAUCAGUAAGCAAUGGGAGGGCAACGAGAUCGAUUUGAUGAAAUUUGAAAGUCUCCAGAAACCUGCACUUAUUACCAUGAACGAUUUAAACGAUAACGAUAAAAUUAAGAAAACUGCAAGUAUGAUUUACGACAAAGAAAACCUUCGAUGGAUUAAUUUAGAAGAGGACUACGACGAUGUGUUUGAUAAUAUCCCUGAUUUGAACGAUGAGCAUUUAAAUCACUCUCCGGUGAGAGGAAUUAGCACGUAUACCCAAAGAACAACUUCAUCAGCGUCUACGUUAACAAGUGAGGGCAAUAUAGAAAAUGAAAUUUCAUUGUCUCAGAAAAACGUCGAUAAAUUUUUAAAAGAAGAAUCGAGGUUUAAAAGAAAGACCGAGCAUUGGUUUAACAAGGGUGAAACAUAUAUUUUAUCGGACAGAGAGCCUGUAAGAAAUGAUUACUUUUGGGAAAUUAGAAAAUUAGUUAUAGACACUGAUGGGUGA